AGACUGGCACUAUCCUUUCCUGUUGUAAUCCCUCGGUGCUGUCUCUCUGUGUUGAUGCUCUUUACAUAUACAGAGUAGAAACUUCAGACAGUAAUUUUAAACCUACGAAUGAAUUUUAGGAAAGAUUUGAGGUCGGGACGCUAUCGGUUGGAUGUAAACUUCAGUUUGACCCUGUUUUGGAAAAAAAACUGAAGACGAGGUCUGAGGACUCUCAAGAUACUUCCGACACCACCACAACAGCUAAAACCUGGAGCUGAGACAGACACACAUUACUACACAAAGUUCCACAGUGUGCUAGUUUAUGUUCAGAAUAUCUGCUCUUAGCUAACAGAUCACGACUGCCAUUAGUCUUGCAGGCCUAGUAAGCCAAGAUGGCUGACCCCUACCAAAACAAUGUAUACCACCAAGGAGGGGGUGACAGCUACAGGACUUACGGAAAAGGUGGUGACCAAGAUGGAUAUGGAUACCAGGCGGACUACCCUCCCCAGGAAGAGGACGCAGCAAGCGACGUAACCGAGGGACAUGAUGAAGAGGAUCAGAUGUACGAAGGAGAAUAUCAAGGGAUACCGCAUCCUGACGAGGUGAAGGCUGCACAGAGAGCUGCACGGGCUAAAACUCGAGCAGCCGGCAGUGCAGUCUCUGAGCUGGAGGAGUUAUCCGAACAGUAUGAGGACAUCAUGGAGGACUGUGGCCAUGGGAAGUUCCAGUGGACACUCUUCGUGGUGCUGGGCCUGGCUCUGAUGGCAGAUGGAGUCGAAUGUUUUGUGGUUGCGUUCGUUCUGCCAUCUGCAGAAAAAGAUCUGUGUCUGUCCAACGCAGAGAAAGGAAUGCUGGGUCUGAUGGUCUUUCUGAGCAUGAUGGUGGGAGCGUUCCUGUGGGGCGGUCUGGCAGACAAAGUUGGCCGCCGGCGCUGUCUGGUUGUGGCGUUAGCUAUAAACUGCAUCUUUGCCUUCCUGUCUUCGUUCGCCCAGGGCUACGGUUUCUUCCUCUUCUUCAGGCUGCUGUCUGGCAUUGGUAUUGGUGGCACAGUGCCGAUCGUCUACUCGUACUUCUCAGAGUUCCUUCAGAUGGACAAGAGAGGAGAGCAUCUGUCCUGGUUGUGUAUGUUCUGGAUGAUUGGUGGGAUCUAUGCUUCAUUCACUGCCUGGGGAAUCAUACCCAGAUAUGGCUGGGGGUUCAGUAUGGGCACAGAGUUCCAGUUCCACAGCUGGCGGGUGUUUGUUCUGGUUGCGGCUCUUCCUGCUAUUGCCUCUCUGGUUGGCCUCACCUUCAUGCCCGAGAGUCCUCGCUUCCUCCUGGAGAAUGCCAAGCAUGAUGAGGCAUGGAUGAUCCUGAAGCAGGUCCAUGACACCAACUGGAGGGCCAAGGGACAGCCAGAAAAAGUCUUCACUGUGACUCACAUCAAGGCUCCUAAAACAGCAGAGGAUGAGUUCAUUGAGAUUCAGAGUGCUACAGGAACACCAGUACAACGAUGGGCUGUACGCUCCUUAACACUCUGUAAACUGGUGUUGAGGAACGUAGCGUCUCUCCUGUCUGCAGAACUGAGGUUUGCUACACUCUUCAUGGCCAUCAUCUGGUUCUGCAUGGCUUUCAGUUACUAUGGUCUGUCUGUUUGGUUCCCUGACAUGAUCAAACACCUUCAGUACGAGGAGUAUGUGUCCAAGGUCAAGGUGUUCCAUAAAGAGCGAGUGGUGAACUUCCAUUUUAACUUUUCUUUAGAGAACCAGAUCCAUAAAGAAGGGGAAUAUAUCCAGGAUGAGUUCAUCAGUAUAGAGAUGAAGUCAGUCAAGUUUGAGGACUCACUGUUCGAAAAUUGUCGCUUUGAGGACAUCAAGUCCACAGACACAGUGUUUGAGAACUGCACCAUCCGUUCCACAGUCUUCCGUAACACAGACCUGGGGGAAGAGAAGUUCAUCAACUGUAAGAUGGAGAACACCUCCUUUGAGCACAACAAAACCGGCUGCCACCUGGACACCGUUGAGGAGAACGACGAUCUUAUUUACCUGGUUAGCUUCCUGGGCAGCCUGGCUGUGUUGCCUGGCAACAUCAUCUCAGCCCUCUUCAUGGAGAAGAUUGGCAGGGUCAAGAUCAUAGGUGGAUCCAUGCUCAUUUCAGCCGGCUGUACCUUCUUCCUGUUCCUGAGCUUCAGCCAAUCAGCGAUCAUUGCCCUGCAGUGUCUGUUCUGUGGCGUCAGUGUGGCUGCAUGGAAUGGCAUCGAGGUGGUGACCGUGGAACUGUACCCUGCUUCUAAAAGGGCCACAGCAUUUGGCGUGCUGAAUGCUCUGUGUAAACUGGCCGCAGUGCUUGGAAGCUCCAUCUUCGCCAGCUUCGUAGGCGUCAGCAAAGCCGUCCCCAUCCUGCUGUCCUUCGCUGCGCUAGUGUGUGGUGGCCUGGUGGCCCUGAAACUACCUGACACACGAGAGAAAAUCCUCCAGUGAUUUUGUUUGAGAUCCUGGGUGUGUGAUGGAAGAGGCCAUAACUUAUUUGCUUAAUGUUGGAAGCUAUUAUUUUAAUUGAUUUUGACUUCACUAUUCAUUUGAAAGGAAGCAAGAAUAGAAAUAACUUAAAUGUAAAAUGCCAAGCUCUCAUGGUUUUUCAUGUGAACCAUUUUCAUGUUGUGCAGGUUUCAGAGGUUGGCGGGGGGGUUCCACUAAUGACAGAAGGUAGACGGGUAUUCAAAAUUGGCACUGAUACUGAGAAUUUCUGUUUGAGAUAGUGUGAUCCUUUAAUGAUGCAAUCAAUCUAUUAAGACACACUGGAUUUACUAACCACAUGAUCAUGUCCUCUGCUUCUUGUCUUUCUGCCAAUACUUUAAUGCAUGAUGGGGAGUAAUGUCAGAAGUUAGCCAAAAGUUUUCUGUGACUGGAACUUUUUUAGGCUUUUCAUAAAUUAUAGCAAAUAACGGCCUGUGUGUUUGACAUGUGAAAGAGGAUUGAUAAGGUUUCCCUCUGCUUUGUGUGUCAGUUUUCAACAACUUUCUCCUUGUCUUGUGCUGUCACAGACGUGUUCUAGUUCUGGCUUGAUCUUACUUACAUAUCAGGGUACUGUGCCUAUCUGUAUCUGUUGUCUGACUACAAAAUCAACUUAGAAUUAUCAUGCAAUAUUUUUAUCAAAGGGUGUAUUUUUUAAUUAUUUGGAAAAAACAAAAAUUUGACCCAUUGCGCUGUUACUGUAUAUUCCGCUCAGAAAAGUGAAAGUUACUUAGCCUAAGUUGCUAAAGUUAGCACUGAUGCCCAUGAGACAUUGCUUUCUGCUCAGGUCAUGCAACACCUACUAAGUCACUGGCAGAAAAGUAGGGGUCUACUGUAACUAGCGUUAGCUGUUGUUCUUCAAAGCUGCAGUUUUUUUAUAAAAAAUAUUAUUUGUCAUAUUUGCUGAAACCUUCAUUAUAUCCUGACAGUAGAACAUGAGACAGAUAAUCUAUGAAAAAUCAGGUUCCUCCUAGUGCUCCUAAUGGUAUUUGCAAGAAUCCACCGCACCUAAAUGAAAACAACCAUUUAGAACCAAGAAAGAUAGUUCAGUCUGACAACUCACGUUUGAAAUGUUUAUUACAGCAGUUUAGCAUAGUUAAAUUUUGGCGUCUAGGCUCCGACCACAUCCACCACCUGGUGGCUCCGGCUAGGGGGUUUAAGGUAUUUGCUUAUCACUCCCUGCAGAUAUGUUUCCAUAGAGAUAUUGGGGAGUGAUGAGCAAAUACCUUAAACCCCCUAGCUGGAGCCUACAGGUGGAUGCUGGGGUGGUGGUGGGGCUUAUAGAGCAGCAGGCAGCAAUACUGAUGCAGGGCAGCGACAGAGCAGAAGGAAAGUUGGGAAUGGACCGCCAGAUUGGAAGGGUGUGCUUGGUUUGUGAUCAUGGAGUGAGGCAUGUCAUGUGUGUAUAGCAGUGCAGCUUGAGUUAACUGCCUGAACUAGCUUGCAGGCUUUGCUCAAUUUGGUUGUUGAUUCCAAGUUUGUCAAAUACUGACACUUUGGGUCCUAAAGCAUCUAUAUUUGAUAACCUGAGAAUGACACUCAACAAUCAACUAUCUUUCUUGGCUCUGAUUGGUUGUUUUCGUUCAGGCCUGGUGGAUUCUUGCAAAUACCAUUAGGAGCACUAGAAGGAGCCAGAGGAACCUGAUUUUUUCACAGAUUAUCUGUCUAAUGUACUAAUUCAAUUCAAUUUUAUUUGUAUAGCGCCAAUUCAUAACAGAAGUUAUCUCAGGACACUUUUCAAAUAGAGCAGGUCUUGGUAGCUGAAGGCUCUGGCUCCUAUUCUACUUUUAGAGACUAUAAGAACCACAAGUAGCUCUGCAUUCAGAGAAUGCAGGUUUCUAGUGAGGUAAUAGGAUACUGUGAGCUCUUUAAAAUAUGAAGGUUUUUAAAUUUUAUUCUAAAUUUUACAGCGAGCCAGUGCAGAGAAGCUAGUACAGGAGAGAUAUGAUCUCUUUUCCUAGUUCCUGUGAGUACUCGUGCUGCAGCAUUCUGAAUUAAUUGGAACGUCUUAAUGGACUUAUUAGGGCAACCUGAUAAUAAGGAGUUGCAGUAAUCCAGCCUAGAAGUAACAAAUGCAUGGAUUAGUUUUUCUGCAUCCGUCUGUGACAUUAAGUGUCUAAUUUUUGACACUUAAUGUCAAACGUAGAUGAAAGAAGGCAGUCCUGGAGGUCUGCUUUAUGUGGGAAUUAAAUGACAUGUCCUGAUCAAAUACUACUGUCUGGAUAAAAUGAAAGUAUCAGCAAAUAUGACCAAAAGUUAUUUUUAUAAAAAUUGCCUACUGCAGCUUUAAUGGAUCCAGCUGUGGUGAUGACAAAAGGCCAGACAGUUAAAACUAACCUCAGCAGUACAAUACCUAUAUUUUGGAUCACAUCGCAGAACAACUUUGGGUGCUCAGAUCACAGAUGGGACUAAGCAACAGCUAACUAAGCUACUUACAUGAUAUUAUGAAGUAUUUUUAGUGCCCACCAACACAGAUAUUGCACCAAUCAAAUUACAGUACCGUAAUAAACUCACAUCUACUUCAGAACACUAACAAAAUAGACAGCAUUUAGAUUUCUUUUUCUACUUUUUGGUAAUUAAAAUCUUGAAGUACACGCGUAAAAAGAUAUAUAGUAAUUUCUUAGUUAAAAAUUAUCUUAGUGUAUUUGAAUUGCUUCUUGCAACUGGCAACCCCAGUCAUUAACAUGUCAUUGUGUCAGACUAAUAGAGAAGCUUAAUAUCGAUGAAUACCGCAGUGGUUUUAUUACUUGAAGUCAAACAACUACUUAUUAGAAGUCCAACAGUUUAUCUCUUGUGCUGUGUGUUCUGCAUGAGUACUAUCACCUCUCCUCUGGACUUCAGUCUGAUGUUAAUAUCUUCCUGCCAUCAGUACAGUGUAGUACAUCCUUAUUUGGCUCGAGCUACACUGACAACAUAUCUGAGUAGAACUGUGUACAUUUACUUUUCUGUUUCUGUCUGACCUUAGACAAGUAUAUUUUCUGAAACAGACGAAAGCUAGGUGACAUUUGGUCUGUUAAGUGUGUUAAUGUUGCUUUCUUCCACACUUUUUAUUCAAGCACCUUUUAAUUUCACCAUCCUUCUCAUUUUCCCACUCAUACUCAUUCUGGGCCUAAAAUGAGUACUGGCAUUAUUGCACCAUCUUGUGGAAUAAACUGAACAUUACAGUUGGUUUGGCCUUGCUGUUUGCAUUUACAUGUACACACACUGCCUUCCUCACAUUAAAGCUGCAGUAGGACAUUUUUAUAAAAAUAACUUUUUGUCACAUUUGCUGAAACUUUCACUAUAUCCCGACAAUAGUUCAUGAGACAGAUAAUCUGUUAAAAAAAUCUGGUUCCUCUGGCUCCUCCUAGUUCUCCUAAUGGCAUUUGCAAGAAUCCACCGGGCCUGAAUGCAAACAACCAAUCAGAGCCAAAGAAGAUAGUUGACUGUUGAGUCUCAUUCCAUACUCUGAAUACCUAUUAGACUGCUCUUUCUCUUAAUUUAUCAACACUCUCAAAAUCUAAAUCACACAGUAAACCAGCUACAGUACAGUACUGGUGUGCGGAUAAUCGAUUUAUUUUAUUUUUCUUGCACAGUUUGAUGUUGAAUAUGUAUUUAUUACAGAUGGUUUUGUGCUGAGAGUGGUUGUGUAAAUGACUGCAUGUUUGUGUAAUGCUUUUUCAGUGUGUCGUUGACGUAAUGUGUGUUUCAGAUGGUCUGGAUUGUGUUUUUUAUCACAAAAGAAAUAACCAGCAGCACUCAGAUAGUAUGUAAUAUAAAUGAUGACUGGUUGGAUUUACAGAUGUGAUAUUGUGUCAGCGGUGGGAGACUACUGCUCGUCUCUGUUCAACAUCUUCCCAAAGUACUUUUUGUUUGAAUUGAGGAUAUUCUGUUAGUGAACAUAUCUUCCACCUUCCUCUGCUGUUGAGUCUCUGCUUUGAUCAAACUUUGGCUAUGAUGUCGAAACUGAAAAUAUUAAGAUAUUAAUUUUUUAUUUUGUCAUAUUUGCUGAAACUUUCACUAUAUCCUGACAGUAGUACACAAGACAGAUAAUCCGUGAAAAAAUCAAGUUCCUCCUCCUAGUGCUCCAAAUGAUAGUCCACCAGGCCUGAACGAAAACAACCAAUCAGAGCCAAGAAAGAUCUAAACUUUGCGUUGUAGGCUUGAAGGUAGUUGAUUGAGUCUCAUUUCCGAAGUCCCAAAAUUUCUGUAUGUGAAUACCUGGGAAUGAGACUCAACUGUCAACUAUCAACUAUCUUUCUUGAUUCUGAUUGGUUGUUUUCAUUCAGGCCCAGUGGAUUCCUCUAAAUGCCAUUAGGAGGAGUAAUAACAUCUAUGAAAGGGUCAGUUUCAAAUAUCAAUGUAUCUUUUUGUUGUGUUGUUUGAUGUACAGUAUUACCAUGGUUCCAAUAAUAACAGUGAAAUGGCUUAUGAAUACAUAACUUAUAUUAAUUCAUGUUUUAUUCAUUUCAACAUGUGUCUGACAUUGCUGUAAAGCAGAGAUAAAAAGCCAUAACGUGUUCUUUGUCUGAAUAUUUUGUAUUUUGAAUCACAGUUUUUUUUUUCAUGGGUGGAGAAGGGAAAUACCUUCAGUGCAAAAUGCUUUAUUGUUUGAUUUAAUUUCUGUGUGUGUAUUUGUGGCUGUUACUAAACAGACUAAUAAAAUGAGUUCAUCAAUGCA